CUAAACUUACGUAAAGCUGUCAGACGAUGAAAAUUUUGUGUUUCGUGAACGUCGCACAGAAAUAGAUUUUGUGUCAAAAUGAUUUCGUCACGAUCGGAGAACUGAUAAUUGUCCGCUAGGAUUGGUUGCCAAAUCCAAACCAAAGUGUAAAAUAACAAUAUUUACCUUCUUCUGGAUUCGGUGGAUAUAUUUUCUGUUCACAAAAUUUCCAAUUUAGUGAGAAUAAAUGGAAUUAUCUGCAGGAAUAAAUGUAAUGGAAAACUGACUCAUCAGCUAAUUAGAAUCAUUUGGUUUGGAAACCGCAACCCACUGAGAAUCGAAUAAGUGUAAAUCACUAAAGAAAGACUAUGUCAGAAUUCCCUUCGAUUUCGAGCCAAAGAGACGAUGAAAAUAAACCCGAGAAUGAGCAGCAUCGGCAAUCGCAACCAGACAACACACAGAAUCAGCAACAAGCGAAGUGGGUAUGCGAAUAUUGCACAUAUGAAAAUUUUCCACUUUCGCUUAAAUGCACCAUGUGCAAAGGCCAAAAACCACUGUUAAACGAAGACAUUUUCAGGCUUAGCCCCACACAGCAGCUAAGUACAACGAAAAGGUCUACCUCCAAUCUUGCCAGUGGACCACUGACAAAUUCCUUCAGCGAUAUGGACAGCAAUCAAAAGUGGCCCUGCAUUGCUUGUACUUAUCUAAAUUUACCGCAAUCGCGCCGUUGUUUGCAAUGUAAUAAUAAACGGGAAGAUGACUUCCCCGUCAAGUUGUUCAGUCAAAAAACCCAGCCUCAGAAAUCCUCGCCACCUAAAGUGAUAUCAGAGUACGACUGUUUGAGUGAUAAAUUGAACGCGAUUAACAUUUGUCGAAGCUCGAAGGAUGAGGAGUCAUUGGAACCGUUUCCUGUGGGUGGCAGCAAUGACAGAAGGCGGCGGAACAACUCACCCAUUACUAGAAAUGCUUCGACGACAACAGAGCGAACCCUAGAUAAUGCAAAGGAAUGCAGCUCGGGUAGUAGUGGAGGUAAGCAACCAUCACCUACUGCGGCCUCUCCCUUGAAUACACGUUCUGUUGCGAACGCGGGGAAAUGGUUCUGUUCCGUUUGUACUUAUGAAAAUUGGCCGAAAUCGAUAAAAUGCUCAAUGUGUUUGAAUCCACGCGAAACAAUUAGUUGCCGCACGAAUCAGGCCCUGGCCAAACAUUCUCCCGAGCAUGACGAGAAUGUUGCAAGUAACAUUGUGGUUAAUAACAAACGUAAUCAACAACAUGGCCGUGAACAUGAAGCUAUGAAUAAUCUCGAUAAUUACCAGCAAGAGAGGCACAUGCGUCAGCUUAGGCGCCAACCUGAUUGGCAGUGGCUUAACGCGUGUGUUGGAAUUGCGGAGAACAAUUUUCAAGCUGUGGAAACCUAUCUGGAUUGUGGUGGGGAUCCGGGUCGGGCACUAACGCUGGCGGAGGUCAAUGCGCUGAAUCACGAUGGUAUGGAGUUCGAUGCUGGUCACACCCUAAUUCACCUGGCUAUUCGAUUUCACCGUGACGAAAUGUUACCCCUUCUGUUGGCGCAAAUUUCUGGUUCGGGGCCCGGCAUCAAACGGGUACCAUCAUAUGUUGCUCCCGAUCUAGCCAGUGAUAUUAGACGACAUUUUGCCCAAUCACUUCGUAUCCGCAAAGCUUCGUUCAAUUGUCAGUACGUAAAUGAACACGCCACAUUCUCCCUGCCAGCUGAUAUUGAAGAUCUUUCGCUGGCUUUGCAAGAGCAACUUUACGAGGAACUUCUCGACCGAGAUGCUCAGAAGCAGUUGGAAAUGAAACCACCUGCGUUAAAUUGGUCAUUGGAAAUCACGGAACGUUUGGGAUCCCGAUUGAUGGUGCUAUGGAAUCGAAGCGCCGGCGAUUGUCUACUCGAUUCCGCGAUGCAAGCCACGUGGGGUGUAUUCGAUCGGGAUAACACGUUGAGAAGAGCUCUCGCAGAUAGUUUGCACCAAUGUGGAAAUUUUUUCUAUCCCCGUUGGAAGGAAAACGAAGACAUGCAAGCCGCUAUGUUACACUAUACUGUAUCCGAAACGCAGCUCGAAGAAGACUGGAGUACUCUUCUGGCACUCGCUAGUCAGCCUGGAUCAUCGCUGGAACAACUGCACAUUUUCGCUCUGGCCCACAUUCUACGCAGGCCUAUAAUUGUUUACGGGGUAAAAUAUGUUAAGAGCUUUCGAGGCGAAGACAUUGGCUAUGCACGAUUCGAAGGAGUGUAUUUACCGUUGUUAUGGGAGAACAGCUUCUGCAUAACGUCACCAAUAGCUCUAGGAUAUACGAGAGGCCAUUUCAGCGCCCUAGUACCAACUGAACCGUACUCACGAAUCGAUGCGGCUCGCGAUGAGCGAGAAGACAUCACAUUUUUACCGCUCAUGGAUUGUGAGAUGAAGCUGCUACCUAUUCAUUUUCUGAAUAACAAUGAAAUUGGCCGAGAAGAGGCAAUUAUGCGACAAUGGCUUGAUGUAUGCGAAACUGAGGGAGGACUUCUAGUUGCACAACAGAGACUGCAUAAACGUCCGCUUUUAGUCGCCCAAAUGUUGGAGGAAUGGCUGAAUCACUACCGGCGAAUAGCGAUAACGAGGCUUUUUUAAAACAGAUCAACCCGUGUUUGUUGGAAUAAUUUCAGCGCGUGAAAUUUUUAAACGGUAGUGAAAACGAUUCGCUUCACGUUGUUUUCCGUUUUCGAAAAAAAAAAUUGCGAGGCCCUUUCGCGUCGGGAAGGAGGCAUCUUUCGCAACAAUAUCUACAGCAUCAAGUGUAUCUCGAUCGUACAUCAAGUGUCAAUUAUCACAUUUUCAACUAUCGCUGUGGUAGAGAGUCGAAAAUCCAGCCACAAAUUACACGAUAUAAGCACAAAGCGUAGUUAUAUCCAUUUCCAUCGAUACGCUGCUCGCAACGAGGAGAGACCGAUCAUCAGCUUUUAAGUCCUUACUAUCCCAUUGAAACUACAUAAGAAAUCCACAGUUUCCCACCAACAUUUGCGCGAUAUAGUUGCACGUUAGUGAUUACGACGAAGAAAUUACGAGUCAGAUUAAUGCACUAGUACUUUACAAUUUUUGAAAUUGCUGAAAUACCAACCCAACUAAUCAAGAUAGAUGCAAUCUAUAACUUGAACGGUUCUGUUAUGUUUGUUAAGUUUAAUGGAAUUUAAAAGUUUUUUUUUGAAAUUCUGUUUUGGUGUGUACAUAUUUGCGUUUAAAAUUGUAGGUAAGUUAUCUAUACACAUAAAUGACAGAAAUAAAUUAUUUUGCCGAGUCACAUUAGA